CUCGUGGAUGUCACCCUGACAAGUUAGACAAACUCUUGAUACGGGCGGUGUUAAUCUUGAACCACCUGGAAGCACGACAUGGAUCGGUUCUUCCCCUCUCACAGCCUACACUUGGGCUCUGCUCCCUUUGGCCGGGAACCUGUUGGCAUUGCAAAACAAACAGCGACCCCUCCCGCCUCUGUGACCGAUGGCGUUCGUUUGGACCCUCCUCACCAUGACAAUCCCUGUUCGGCAAUCGAGAAUUGGACGAGCUCCAGCUCUGCCAGUCCAGGGGAGCUGAUGCCUCUGUCUCACCAGAACCAGCAUCACCAGCAUCAUCAGCACCAGCAUCAGCAUCACCAGCAUCAGCAUCAGCAUCAGCAUCAGCAUCAGCAUCAGCAUCAGCACCCUCACCCUCACCUGCCCCCAUGGACAGUGCCGCUGAACUCUUCCCUGCCUGAACGGGGAUUGCCUCGCUUGCUGCCAUCACGGGUGGACUCUCCGGGGUGGCCCUCCUCGCUGGGGACACCGGGAGGCUUGAAACCGCGACUUCUGAAACCCGGACUGCGCCGUCUGAGCGACAGCAAGGCCCUGGACUGGCAGCGUGAACCGGGGGCAACCCCGUCAUACUCGCUGGGAAUCAACGUUCAUUACCCAUCGUCCGGGAUGGCGCGAUCAGGCACCUCUGGAACGGCUUGUCCUACGAUGGGCUUGCCACCCCCGUCACCCGCUAUCUCGACCUCAUCCUCUUACCCGUCGCGGAACUUGGACAACAACUCCGAACCCCCCAGCGGCGGGGGGGAUAAGCCCUACUCAGCCCUGAUCGAGGACGCCCUUCGAGAGGCCCCCGACAAGAAACUGGCUCUGCAGGAUAUUUACGGCUGGUUCGAGAAGAACACUGCCAAAGGAAAGGACCCCAGCUCAAGUGGCUGGCGGAACAGUGUACGGCACAACCUAUCUAUGAACGCGGGCUUUGAGGCAGUCCGGGAAGAGUCGAGCCCCGGAAAGAAGGCAGUGAAUUACUGGCGCCUGACGGAUGAAGCCCUCACGUACGGCGUCCAAUCUACAACCCGGUACCGGAAACAGGCCAGUUACAAGAAGGCGUUAGGCUCGGAACCCCCGGCCCCCCAGCGCCAGCGAUCCGGGGCCAAGGGGGGCAAGGCUACGAAAAUCAAAAGUCGGUUCCGGGGCCGGAUAGAGAAGACGACCACAGCAAGGAAGGGAGAUCAACGAUUUUACCCACGGGUGGUGACAUCACAACGACGACCACUGAAGGAUAACACCCAUAACAACAACAACAACAACAACAUCUAUGCCCAAUACACGACCACGGCAGCGACCACCACGGGGAUGGCGGCCGUGUCACCCUUUCAGGUGUCAGUGUCAGGGCCAGGGCCGGCCUCCACGCCGGGUGCUCGUCCCUCGGCUGAACCGUUUGAUUUGGGCAGUGUUGUUGGCUGCACAAAUCCGGCCACGGCCACCAGUGUCACCACCACCACCAGCAUCUUCUACGAUAUGGCAGGAUCCGCGCCAGACUGCCUAUCGAUGGACACGGGAUUCAUGGGCUGGGGCGCAAUCCAUUCCUUCCCUACUGCGUUUUCGGCGGGCCCGGGCAUCUCCGCGGAUCUUCAAAUGGGGACAUAGUAAAC